ACUGAGCUAGUUUCCACAGAUGUUUCGAAGACACAGCCUCUUACUCCGCAAACACAGCACCUUCAGACAAGUGAGGGAGAUCAAUCCGAUGAGACACCAUCAGAGCAGAAUCAAGCAGAAGAAAAUCUCAAGGAUACUACAGAACCUACUACUGAGCUAGUUUCCACAGAUGUUUCGAAGAUGCCGCCUAUUACUCUGCAAACAGAGCAUCUUCAGACAAGUGCUAUAGAUUUUUCAGAAACAAACGAGGUAUGCAUCGAGUAUAUUUGAUCUUUAAUUAUUAUUCUAACAAUUUAAAACCGCUGAUGUUACUGAAUCUUCAUUUUUAAUAGGUUGAAGUAAGCAGGCUUCUAGCUCACUUUCAAAUAGGCGCAGAGGUUGAGAUUUUGUCUACUGAUGACGAAAUAUGGUAUCCAGGAAAGGUUGUUGAUCUUAAACUGUGUGAAGGACUAGAGGAGCUGACAGUUGAGUACACGACACUCUUCACAGACCAACAUAGACUUCAGAAACUUCAGGAUACUAUCACGGCUGACAAAAUACGUCCUGCAACACCAACUAGUGACCAAAAAUCCUUUGAGAUGAUGGAUAAGGUAGAAGCCUUCUACAACAAUGGCUGGAGCAGCGGACAAAUUAGCAUGGUACUUGGUGAUAACACAUACUCGGUGUGUCUCUAUACUUCUAUGGAAACUAUUCUAUUCAAACAUUCAGAUUUGCGAAUUCAUAGAGAAUGGAAAGAUGGAGUCUGGAAGAUGGCAGAUAAGGUAAAUCAUAACUAGAAUUAUACUUCACGUGAAUUGUUUGAUAUACAUACAUUUUAGUUUCAGGAAUGGUUUCCAGAAAUUCCGAUUGCAACAAAUUUGAUAAUAUUUUGCUUGGUGUCUAUUGUUUGAUUAAAGGUGAAGCCUGAUAAGAAAAGGAAAGCUGCUGCCUCAUCACAAAAUUCAGGAUGGAUAUGUUUUCCUAAGAAGGAGCGAGAGGGUGCCUAAACGAUCUAGAGACACAAAAACUCCAUUCAAGUCUGACAGAAAUCCGGCUUUAACUGUAAUACCUGAGAUUAUACCUGCAGUUGAUCCGUUUUCAACUCCUGCGGAAAAUAAGCUUUCAAGGCUUCAAAAUUGGAUGACAUUAAAGCCCGGCAUGCAUGAAACGUCCCUAUCAAUCAAUGAUAAUAAGAUAAGGAAAUCUUUCUUUCAAAGCAUGGAAAAUGCAAAAAAGGACCUUAAGAAAGAGCACAUUGAUGGAGCCUUUGCAAUGCUAAAUUGCAGAAGAAAUGAGAAUGCUGCUUGGUUCCACAACUACAAGAUUCCAAAGGCGUGCUUCCUACCUAUGGAGUUCUUGCAUUGCUUGCUCUCUGAUGAUUUGGCUUACAAGAAAGAAAAGGUCAAAGGUAAAAAGAUUUUCAACGAUUUAUUUAAAGAUACUGUGAGAGGGAAGGUAUAUCCAGAGAAGACAUGGGGAGAAGAUGUUGAUGUUGUGUAUGGGAUUACUCUUGGAAAAAAAAGCAAUGUCUGGAUUGGGAUGGAAAUUCAUUUGAAGAAGAAAAGAAUCACAGUAUAUGAUUGUUUUCAAAAGGAAAGCAACAGCAUUGAUAUUCCUCAAGUGAAAAAGUUGGCAGUGUUGAUUUCUAAUCUGCUGGUGGAAUCUUCUGGUGAUGAGGUAGAUAAGGUGAAGAUGAUUCCAUUUGAGAUUGAGCAGGCACAAGGUUUACCCAAGACAAAACAUCCUUUCAACUGUGGGAUAUUUCUUGUCAAGAUUCUGGAGUGCCAGUCAUUGAAGAUAGGAGACAUGACAAAGAUUAAUGAUGAAACAUUGCAUUGGAGCUAA